AUGACCCCGCGGGAGAAGAUACCGAGUAAAUUUACCCCUCCAUCCCCACCCACACUUGUCCUCACCUCAGCUGCGAAAUACUUCGUUGACACACGCAUCUACCUCCCAACCUCACCCUCGGAGGCUUGCCUCCCAACGUCCGUGCAAUUACCAGAUUCAAGACUAGAAUGGGGGUUUGCCGGGACAGCGAAAAGCACAGCCGCUAUAUACAACCCAGAUACAGCGGAACUUGAGAAAGCUGCGCAUACGGAAUGGACACAUUGGGUUGAUAACAAGACGACGGAGGAGGUAAGAGAUGAGGGAUAUAUGUACCCCAAAGACGACGGUAGUGAUGAGGUUCUUGAGCUGGGGGAGAUGGUCAACCCUGCUAGGGGGCAGGUCGAGAAGUAUGAAGAGUGUUGGGUUGAUUUGGAUUCUGUGAUGAUCCCCGGCGACCAGCAGUUUCUCAGCUGGGUGUUGAGAACUGUUGAGAGGGGUAGUGACGAAGGCGAGGUUGUUAAGGGGAUGAUCAUGAAGGUUGGGCAGUAUGUACAAGGUGUGCUAAGGAAGGGUGAGGAGUUUGGUGUGAGGAGAUGGAAUUGGGGAGUUGAAAAUGAUGUGAGUGGAUGGCGGAGUACUGCCAGGAUUGGACAGUUGGAUUUCCCUAUUGGUGAGGAUAAUUUGGGUAUGAAGAUGCUUCCUGGAAUUAAGAUCAAGGGAGCUGAUGGAAUAGAAUGGGAAUGUGUUGAAGUCUUUAACUGGAGUUGA